UAGUGGCUGCCAGGAUUCCUGCUGACGCCCCCGACCCCACCGCCUCCUUCUCUGCCUCCGGAGGCACCCGCCGUCGGGACAGCUCGAGGAGCGAAAACCAAGAGGUCACUGGACACCGAAGCUCUGCGCUCACGACAGAGUAAAAAGCUGAGCUAUGAUAGCCACUGGCGGAGUCAUAACAGGCCUGGCCGCCUUGAAAAGGCAAGACUCUGCCAGAUCACAGCAGCAUGUCAACCUCAGCCCAUCGCCGGCUGCCCAGGAGCAGAAACCAGUCAGGCGGCGGCCGCGGGCCGAUGUCGUGGUUGUUCGUGGCAAGAUCCGGCUUUAUUCCCCAUCUGGAUUUUUCCUCAUUUUAGGAGUGCUUAUCUCCAUCAUAGGAAUUGCUAUGGCCGUUCUUGGAUAUUGGCCCCAAAAAGAACAUUUCAUCGAUGCUGAGACAACAUUGUCAACCAACGAGACUCAGGUGAUUCGGAACCAAGGCGGAGUGGUAGUUCGUUUCUUUGAGCAGCAUCUGCAUUCGGAUAAAAUGAAAAUGCUUGGCCCCUUCACCAUGGGGAUUGGCAUUUUCAUUUUCAUCUGUGCUAAUGCCAUUCUUCAUGAAAACCGUGACAAAGAAACCAAAAUCAUACACAUGAGGGACAUCUACUCUACAGUCAUUGACAUCCACACGCUGAGAAUCAAGGAGCAAAAGCAUAUGAAUGGCAUUUACUCUGGCUUAAUGGGAGAAUCAGAAGUGAAACAGAACGGGAGCUCCUGUCCCUCAAGACUGGCGACAAAUGCAGUUGCCUCUUUCUCAGGUUUGCGCAGCAGUUUUCGAAUGGACAGCUCCGUGGAGGAGGACGAACCGAUGCUAAGUGAAAAUAAGAGUUUGGGACAUCUCAUGCCCCCUUUGCUCUCAGACAGCUCUGUCUCUGUCUUUGGCCUCUAUCCACCUCCAUCCAAGACAAUGGAGGAUAAGAGCAGCAGUUCCAAGAAAUGUGAAACCAAGUCAAUUGUGUCAUCAUCCAUCAGUGCUUUUACACUGCCUGUGAUCAAGCUUAAUAACUGUGUGAUUGAUGAGCCCAGUAUAGACAACAUCACUGAGGAUGCUGAUAACCUCAAAAGUAGGUCAAGGAAUUUGUCAAUGGAUUCCCUUGUGGUCCCUUUGCCCAACACCGGUGAAUCCUUCCAGCCAGCCAGCACACUGCUUCCAAGGAAUAAUUCCAUCGGGGAGUCCUUGUCCACUCAGUACAAGUCCUCUGUGGCCCUUGGGCCUGGGGCUGGACAGCUCUUGUCUCCUGGGGCUGCUAGAAGACAGUUUGGCUCCAACACAUCUUUACAUUUACUCUCAUCACACUCAAAAUCCUUAGACUUGGACCGGGGUCCCUCCACUCUGACUGUUCAGGCAGAGCAAAGGAAACAUCCAAGUUGGCCUCGGUUGGAUCGAAGCAACAGCAAGGGAUAUAUGAAACUAGAGAACAAAGAGGACCCCAUGGAUAGGUUGCUGGUGCCCCAAGCUGCAAUCAAAAAAGACUUUACCAAUAAGGAGAAGCUUCUUAUGAUUUCGAGAUCUCACAAUAACUUGAGUUUUGAACAUGAUGAGUUUUUGAGUAACAACCUAAAACGAGGAACUUCUGAAACAAGGUUUUAAAGUUUAAAAAUAUCAUUUUCCAAGGGUAUAUAUUUUAAAACUAUUUUCACCAGUGUUUCCCUCUUAAAGCAUUGGUUGUAAGCUUUUUUAAUCAAAUGUUUUGUAGUGUAUUACUGGCUGCUUAAUUCUGUAAUGGAGAUGGUUGUGUGUUUGGGUUACUUAAGACUGUAGUACUCUAGAUUAGCACAUGUGAUUUUGAUUUCUCCAUUCUUUCAAAAGCAUGAUAGCAUUUAUUGGUGUGAAUACGAAAUACUUGCAUCAAAAUUAAAACUUUGCUUUACUUUUAAGUUCAUUCAUUGAUUGUCAUAGUCAUAGAAUAAAGCGUCUAGUAGGGA